AUGCGCUGCCUAGCCUUGCUUUCAUUACUGGCGCUAGCCGUGAACAUUUCAGCCAAGACAACAAACACCGACGAGGCUGCAAGCUCCACAGAGGCCACGAAAGUCACGCAAUCUAUACUUAUACUCACUGUUGGCGUGGUACCCCUCACGACGACAUUUACGCCGCCAGCAACAUGUACAGAAGCUCGACUUUCGCAACUCGCGUCGCCAGGCUACGAGCUAUGGGUUAACGAACCUCAACCCGUGGCCGGGAACCAAAGCACCGAUUGCUACCCCUCUCAAUUUAUGAAGGGAUACACCAGCAUCGCAAACGAGUCGAGUUCGAUCGCACCGCUUAUGAGCCCGUUGGUAUGUCCCAAAGGGUGGCAUACGGCGAAGGAAUUCACGAGUGGCUAUAUUGCCUGCUGCGCAAGUGGCUACCUCCUCGCACCGCCCUCUGUCACAUCUGACUCCAACCGACCGGCAUAUGGAGGGACUUGCUACAGCAAUUUCAAGGCCGGACAGACGACGACGGUCACAGCUUACGAUAACGAGGAUGUCACUGGAACGGUCGAGUGGAUCGCACAAUCGUCGGCUGAUCAGGCGUACGGCCAUGUCAUUGAUGGAUUUGCUCUCGAUUUACUCCCGGUUAGCACUACCAUGGCGACUACCAUGGUGACCACCACAUCGAAGACUACUACCUCAUCCGAAACUCCGUCGGAGACUGAGUCCCAGCCUGCCUCGUCAGGUGGGUCAAGCAGUGUUCCUGGUGGUACUGUUGCUGGAAUUGUCGUUGCCUGCCUGGUAGGAGUUCCAGCUAUUCUCUUUGUCGCGUUCUGGCUGCGUCGUCGACGUCUGCAACGACGACCUCAGAAGUCAAUUGGAGAGCUUGACGGCAACCCUGACGGUGGUUUCAACGGCCACAGCAUUACCAUUGUAGCCGGAAAGGCUGCGUACUAUCCCGGCGCCACGAUAGCCCACGAAGUACCAGCAGACAACGAUAGUUUGAAGUCGGAAGUCCAUUCGGGAGUCAGCCCGCUUUCUCCUGAGUCAUUAGCUCAGCGAGAAGCUGCCAUUGGGGGCGUGCGCGGCGAUAACAGAACGGUGCACGCGGAAUUAGAUGCUGGGUGGAAGGGAUAUGAGGCUCAAUAAAGGAAUAGCAUGUCAGACAUCUACGACAGCAUGAUUACAGGAUGGAGGACUGGUAGUGUUUGGGAGUAGGAGGAGCCUUGUUGGCAUUGUGGCAUUUGGAGUUGACGGCGUCUGGAGUUCAACCACGAUCAGGACAAUUGCAUGUCAAACUUCAUUUCAAUCUAGCUUAG